GCACAUCGAUAAUUUUGCAGCUCUAAUUGUGUAUAUCAAAACCGCAAACCAGCCUUUUUGUUGUAUUCGUCCAGCUAUUGGAAGACAAGCAGCAGCAGCAGCGAUCUGAAAUCCCAACAGACAAAAUGAUGAACGAAGCUGCUCUGGCCAACAUGAUACCGUACGACACGAUUGGGCUGUACGAGCAGCCCAAGCCGCGCUUCAUCUUCAAGAUGCCCCGUGUGGUGCCGGACCAGAAGUCGAAGUUUGAAAGCGACGAGUUGUUCCGCCGACUUAGCCGGGAGAGCGAGAUCCGGUACACGGGCUACAGGGAACGGAGCAUCGAGGAGCGGCAGGUGCGCUUCAUGAACGGCUGCCGCGAGGGCCAUACGGAGACCAGCUUCGUGGCCUCGGGCACCAACCUGCAGCUGGUGUUCAAUGCCAAUCAGAACCCGUACCUGCACGACAAGGAGUGCGAUUUCGAUAAGGAGCACGGCAAGGUGCACAUCAAGUCCUAUUUCAUCAUGAACGGUGUGUGCGUCCGCUUCCGCGGCUGGCUGGACCUGGAGCGUCUCGACGGCGUCGGCUGUUUGGAGUACGAUGAACGGCGGGCUAUGCAUGAGGAUGCCAUCCUGCGGGACCAGAUCGAUCGGUAUAACCAGCGAUUGCGCGAGUUUGAGGACACCAAGCGCGCCUACCGGGACAAUCGGCAGGACGAAAUGGAGGCGGUGCGGCGAGGUGUGGCCUCCGGGGCAUUGGUGUUGGAGCCAGCAUGUGGCGACGUUAGUUGGACCUGUGGACGGCACCGCCGCCGUCGCACCAGCUUCAACAGCAGCCGCCGCUACCGCCACCGGCGCUGCACCAGCAGCAGCAAGAGACUCAAUUCGCUAAUACUCAUUACUUCAUGGACAACUAAGAAUGCUCCGAGCCCGCUAACGGGUAUCCACCAUUGUGGGAGAUUAGAAUACGCUCGAAUAAAUAUGCUCCUAGAUUUAGUUUUAGAUCUAAUUAAUGCUUACUUUACGUAUGCUUUUACGGUAUUAUACUUACAAACUUAGCGUGAAAUUAGUGUCGUAUCUUUAACUA